AGUACACGUCUCCGGUCAUUCAUUUAUAAAGCCGAAGCUCCUCGUCUCUUUCCACCUUCAGCCAUUUUGACCAUGUUAGGAGCCGUGGGACGCUGCUGCACCGGGGCUCUGCAGGCUCUCAAGCCUGGGGUCCAGCCCCUGAAAGCCCUCACCGGCUCCCCCGCGGUCCUUUCACGCAGGGACUAUGUUGCCCCCGCCGCCGCUGCUGCCACCGCCAACGGGCGCAUCGUGGCUGUCAUCGGCGCCGUCGUGGACGUCCAGUUCGACGAGGGGCUCCCUCCCAUCCUGAACGCCCUGGAGGUCGCAGGCCGCGACUCCAGGCUCGUCCUGGAGGUGGCUCAGCAUCUCGGUGAGAACACGGUGCGCACCAUCGCCAUGGAUGGUACCGAAGGUCUGGUUCGUGGGCAGAAAGUCCUGGACACCGGCGCCCCCAUCAGAAUCCCAGUGGGUCCCGAGACCCUGGGGAGGAUCAUGAAUGUGAUUGGCGAGCCCAUUGAUGAGAGGGGCCCCAUCACUACCAAACUAACCGCACCAAUCCACGCUGAAGCCCCCGAAUUCACAGACAUGAGCGUGGAGCAGGAAAUUCUGGUCACUGGCAUCAAGGUGGUGGACCUGCUGGCCCCCUACGCCAAGGGAGGGAAGAUCGGUCUCUUUGGCGGUGCCGGCGUGGGUAAGACUGUGCUGAUCAUGGAGCUGAUCAACAACGUGGCCAAGGCUCACGGUGGUUACUCGGUGUUCGCCGGCGUCGGGGAGCGAACCCGCGAGGGAAAUGACUUGUACCACGAGAUGAUAGAGUCUGGAGUCAUCAACCUGAAGGACACCACUUCCAAGGUGGCGCUGGUGUACGGACAGAUGAACGAGCCCCCCGGCGCCCGCGCCAGAGUGGCUCUGACUGGACUCACUGUGGCCGAGUACUUCCGUGACCAGGAAGGUCAGGAUGUGCUGCUCUUCAUCGACAACAUCUUCCGCUUCACGCAGGCCGGCUCAGAGGUGUCCGCUCUGCUGGGUCGUAUCCCCUCCGCCGUGGGGUACCAGCCCACUCUGGCCACGGACAUGGGUACCAUGCAGGAGAGGAUCACCACCACCAAGAAGGGCUCCAUCACGUCUGUGCAGGCCAUCUACGUGCCCGCUGACGACUUGACUGACCCCGCCCCUGCCACCACCUUCGCUCACUUGGACGCCACCACCGUAUUGUCCCGCGCCAUCGCUGAGCUGGGCAUCUACCCCGCCGUCGACCCGCUGGACUCCACCUCCCGUAUCAUGGACCCCAACAUCGUCGGCGCCGAGCACUAUGACGUGGCCCGUGGCGUCCAGAAAAUCCUCCAGGACUACAAAUCCCUGCAGGACAUCAUCGCCAUCCUGGGAAUGGACGAGCUGUCCGAGGAGGACAAGCUGACGGUGGCUCGCGCCCGCAAGAUCCAGCGUUUCCUGUCUCAGCCCUUCCAGGUGGCCGAGGUCUUCACCGGUCACCUGGGCAAGCUGGUGCCCCUCAAAGAAACCAUCAAAGGCUUCAAAGCCAUCCUCGGGGGCGAGUACGACGCCCUGCCCGAGCAGGCCUUCUACAUGGUGGGGCCCAUCGAGGAGGUGGUGCAGAAAGCAGAGAAGCUGGCCGAAGAGCAUUCGUAAACACACAGCGAGCGGCGUUCCCGUGCUUAGUUUGUAAAACAUGUCGAAAUACAAAUGUCCUUGUCUGUCAUCCUGAAAAGAAAGUUCUAUUUAAUGUUUCCAAUGAGAGGGGGAAUAAAAACUCUGUCUUUACACAAACAAUAUCUGCUUAUUUUGACCCUAUAGUUUCAUCAGGUGGAUGUAUGUACUUACUCUGUCCACAUGGUGGCAGUCUGGCUCUGUGCACAGCGUUGCAGUUUGAUGAAAACUUGAAUAAAACGGUGGACAAAGAUGGGAAUUUUGAUCUGAA